AUGUACAAAGUCAUAUUUUUAGAAACAGCGUUGGUACACUUAUUUAUUAAAUACUUGUUUACUAUUUGCCAUCAAAUUCUCUUAUCUUAAAAAAUGUUCAUUGUAAGUCUCAUCCUGAACAAGAAACCCAAUUUGCAAAUACAAUCUGACUGAUACAAUACAGUGUAUUCGAUCCUAUUGGCCGUUUUCUCUAUCAAAGACCAAUUAUAUAUUCUAAUAGGAUAUUUAAUAAGUAAUGUUUAAUGCAGGAGUGUUUUAUCAGGUUGAUCAAUCAAUCAUAAAUCAAUGCACUGCGAGUGUAUUGAGAAGAAUACCAAUUAGGAUAAAGAUGCUUGUUGAUGGAUAAUCGAACGGAAAGUUAUCAACAUUUUUUUAAACCUAACCAAAAGCAGCUUCGAUAUAUGCAACUAUAUAGGCCCUCCGGCGGGAAUUGAACCUGCGGCUCUGCAAUUCCAUUGGGAUCGGAACUUCGAAACCUCUCUCUAUAUAAAUUACAGUAUAUAUAUAUAUAUAUAUAUAUAUAUAUAUAUAUAUAUAUAUAUAUAUAUAUAUAUAUAUAUAUAUAUAUAUAUAUAUAUAUAUAUAUAUAAACUAAUUCAUUGUCAGUGAGGAUAAAACUAAACUUUCAAAACGUCAAAUUUUCCUUGUAUUUUUUCAGGAAUAUUAUACAACAGAACAUGCAGCUGCCUAACAUUCAUAUUAUAGAAUAUAUGUUUUGUGAUUGGCGGCCGAAUAUUGCAUGCCUUUCACAUCAGUGAUAUUGAUUUACGCUGCGUUAUUAUACAUUUACUGCCUCGUACCCAGGCGCUUACAUGAAGUAUUCAGGUAGGCAUCCGACGCGCGAAGGGGCUGUUGGGAAGGGUGCGUGCUGGGGAGCGCCUGGCAGUUCUUGUAUACUGUCAUGGCGGGAAAACAGGGAAUUUUAUACAAAAAGUUACCAUAUCGUCAUGUACUGUGUGUAAAACCUUACUUUGUGAUGAACAGUUGAAUUGAACGCCAUUGGCAAAUAAUAAUACAUUUGUAGAUGUUCGAUGACAUGCAAAAUGCGCGAAAAAUUAUGAGUAAAUAACAUGACAAGUUAACCGUGCGAAUAUUUCGAAUAUGUCAUUCGAUAUUACAUGGAGAAUAAUAAAAUGCUAUCAGUUGCUCAGUUAGCAUAAAACAGUAACAGAGAAAUGAUUAGAAAGUCAUAUAAUUGCUUUUGUAUUAAUAACUUCUUUAGCUGAAAGCUCAAUCAGUCGAUCACAAUGCCAAUGGCAAUUUCUAUUAAAUGUAUACUGUAAACAAAAGCCCAAGUAAAUAAAAGUUCACAGCCGUAAAGUUUGAAAUAUUUAUUACAAUAGUGCAAUUUUAUAGUCUGUACCUUUAUAUAGUUAUAGCUUACAAAUCUAGUUCCUGCAAGUCUAGUUCUUCAACGCUUCGGUUGUUGACAUGUUAAUAUUGGAAUUUCCAUGGACUUUAAGGGCAUAUAUAUGUCAUAUAUACCAAGAAUAACAGCAUGAAUUCACGCCCGGAUGACAGAAGAAUAUUAACAUUAGUCAAUUCAACAAAAACAAGUAGCAAAAAAUCGUAAACGAAAACGAAAUAGCACGACUUGCAAGAAAUCGUACAAAUUUGCAAGAAAUCGACCAAGAACUGCCAGGCGUCUCGCAGUUCAAGUGCACUCUUCCCAUCAGCCCCUUCGCCAUCUCUCCCCACUACAAUACUUCAUGUAAACACGUCAUAUCGGCAUCACUGCUUUUUUACAAAGAGACGCCUGGGUACGAGGCAGAUACAUUUAUAUGUAGACGUUUUCCUUCUGUUAUUUGUUUUUGUAUAUAAAUUAUAAUUGUAUGUUUAAUUGAGAAAAAAAGCAGACAAAAAUUGUGCAUUGUCCAUGACCAUGUGUGCUUCUGUCUGCUCUGCAGUACUAUGCUGUCUUGAGGAGUGAAGCAUAUCCAUUCAAUUAUAUCCAAUAUAAGACUGUUAUAAGACUUGUGGUGUGUUCCAGUAAUACUGUGCCAUAUACUAACACUACAGUACAUUGGCUGGGUUGUGUUAAACAUUUAAUGUUAAACAAAAAUUUUUAUGUGUUAUAAACUCUGCUACUGUAUACUUAACUGUGCUACAGUAAUCUGAACCAUGGGAAAUUGUGCUCUACUAUCCUUUGGUGCACUGUAUUUUUAGGAAUAUUCUACUGUAAUGUACUGCUUGAUGCAAAAUUGUACUAUACUUUGUUGUGCUGUAAUGAAAUUUACUGUAUUUUGUGUUGUCAUAGCUGUCAUGUCUUGUUUAAACUAAUUAUAGUGGAUUGUAUUGCACUGUAUGACAAGUACAAUGUAAUUACUAUGUUUAAAUCUAAUAUAAUGCAACACAUCGCCACAGAAUAAUAAAAAUAAGUUGUAAUAAAACAGUGCAUCAGUGAGCUGCUGUGUGUAAAAAUGUCACUCCUCUUAUCUGAAUAUUUAUAUUAAACACGAAGUAAAAUAUGUUCACUUACCUGAAACAUGAAUAAUGCAGUUCUCGCCUCCCUUUUGUAUAAUUUUCAGGGGUUUUUCUGGAGUACAGUAUAAAGGAAAGCAAUCUGAGCGAGUUAAAACUCUUAAAAAAAGCCGAAAACACGACGCCAUUUUGUUUGCCUCCAAAAACAAAUAACUCCAAAAAAUGGAGUUAUAUUUGAAUAACUCCACCAUGAGGAGUUAAUUUUGCAUCCUAAUUAGUUCACUAGUAUCCUCUAACUCCUCUGAGAGAGUUACUUUAACUCCAAAAAUGGAGUUACACUAACUUUAAAAUUUUAACUCCACCAAAAAGGAAUAAUAGGGGAGUUAUUUUAACUCCCUGAAAAUAACAGUGUAGCAUUGAAAAUCUAGCUUGUCCUUCUUUAAUUACAGGGAGGAGGUCAAUUUAUAGCACGUGCAAAUCAAGAUCUACCAGAAGGAACAUACACAUUUCAAUUUGGUGAUUAUGGGACCUGCAAAGCAUGUGGAUCCGGCAGCAAGCAUCUCGAUGGUUGUGACAAUAUUCCUGGUAAUAAUAUUUGUUACUAGAAGUACAUGCAUGCAACAACCCCUCGCCAACAUUCUCAAACAUUGUUUGAACAUGAAGUAUUCUAAUUACGCCAACAUGGAACGCAGGCUCGCGUUAUGUUAGCCAUGGCAACACGAUAAUAGACAACUCACAUUAUAGACUAAUUUUAAAACUAGGCAAGGAGAUGCAAAUAAAUCAUCACAGCUAGGAAGAAUAUACUAAAAAUUAGUAAAACUACAAAGUUUGGUCGCGAAAUGUUGUAAAAUGCGGAAAAUAUAGCCUUGCAAGGUUUUCAAAUUUUGUAUACUUUUGUUUUGCGUGUGGAAAUAGCUACCAUUUUCGGCCCAAAUGUGGUAGGAAUGUGGAAGGAAUUUCCACACGCAAUACAGAAGUGUACAAAAUUUGCAAACUUUGCAAGGCUAUAUUUCUGCAUUUUACAACAUUUCGCAACCAAACUUUGUAAUGUUACUAAUUUUGGGGUGCUCGUUCUAGCUGUGGUGAUUUAUUUGCAUCUUUUUGCCUAGUUUUAAAAUUAGUCAAAAUGGGAAUUGUCUAUUAAUAGUUUUCUUAAUCUUUUGUUCAAAACGGCAAAAAUAAAUGGUUUACACUUUUUAACCACUUAACUAUCUAUUUCUAACAUAUACAAAGUAGGUAUGUUAUUUUGCUUUCUAUUGGCUUUAUAGCUUGUAGACAGGCUAUGGGCUUUAUUAUAAUGUAAAAAUCAAUACGAAACGCUUCGUAAAACGUUUUUAAAUGUUCCUUGAAAUCAACUGCUUUUUGCCGAUAAACACUUCAACUUAUUAAUACUCGUACUUUGAAUUGAAAUAAAUUUAAGUCAUACAGGUCGCUCUUUGAAAAUAAUUUUAUCCUUUUUUGAGCUUUCAUAAAGAAAUUAAAACAAGUUAAUUCGAAGAAACUUUUACAUAGAAUGAAAAGGAAAGCUGUGCAUGUUAACAAGGCCUUCAGGCAAAAACUGGACUGCAAAGUCAUACCACAGGUGGCCCAGGCGCUGUGUGAGUAUUUAUUUUUUAAUUUUAUAUUUUGCAUUACAAAUUUACUUUAAAUUAUAAAGUAUAACUUACUUAGUUUCCUUUAUGUAUUCUGUGUGAUUUGGGGGUAGUUUUAGUUUGAUAUAAUGACAUAAAAACAUGAGAAUGCGAUAUAUUAAAUAUACACUUUAUAUAUUGUUAAAUAUUGUAAAAAAAUAAUGCCUAAAUACGCACUGAUUCAAAAUAUUGGUGGACUUACUUGUUUACUGUGUCAUUUACUUCACUUUCGUCGAUUUUCAGGCCAUUUCGUUGAACCUGGCUUAUAUUGUUUAUCAUCUAUAAUUACCCACUAUCAAUAACGCAAAGGUAGGUAGUUGUGACGCCAGGCGAACUUGGGCAAGACCUAAAUUUCAACAAAACUCGCCGAUAAAAUAUUGCCAAACGCUUCUAAAGCCGUGGCUAUACAUAAUUAUGUUUAUUCAAUCUUUCCAACUUGUAAAAUCGUUUCCCUCACUUUUCUUUGAAGAAUUAAAACAACUGAAUGUAAGUUAAAGUACUUGCUUCGAACUCAAUCUGCUCUGGAACCAAACCGUUAAAAAUUUGAAUUUUUCGAACUUCGUAACCGCACCUCUCGUUAAAAUAUUUCUCCUCAACCUUCCUGAUCUGUUAACGUGGAAUUAGUAGAUAAUUUAAGUUUUGCCAAAUUUAGGUCUUGCCCAAGUUCGCCCGGCGUCACAACUGCCUACCUUUGCAUUAUUGAUAGUAAAUAGGGUAAUUAUAGAUGAUAAACAAAAUAGACCAGGUUCAACGAAAUGGCCUGAAAAUCGACGAGAGUGAGGUAAAUGACUCAGUAAACAAAUACGUCCAACAAUAUUUUGAAUCAGUGCGUAUUUAGGCUUUUUUUUACAAUUUUUACAAUAUAUAAAGUAUAUUAUAUCGCAUCCGUAUGAUGCUUUUAUGUCAUUAUAUCAAACUAAAACCACCUCCAAAUCACACAGAAUACAUAAAGGAAACUAAGUAAGUCAUACUUUAUAAUUUAAAGUAAAUUUUUAAUGCAAAAUAUAAUAAAAUUAAAAAAUAAAUAAAUACCCACACAGAGCCUCAGCCACCUGUAGUUAUACAUAAACAGUAAAAUAAACUUACUCUAGCAACUUCAGCAUUUCACAUACUUAUCAUUUCUUUAAAAUUUGAAAAAGGUGAUGUAGAACUUAUUGUGUGAAAAGAUGUCCAAGCAUAAUGUUUUUGAUGUUACUCUGAGUGUAAAUCCACACCGGGCAGGCUGAAAAGUUAGCCUGACCACGGUGGGAAUCAAACCCACGGCCUUUGGGAUGCUAGUCCAAUCCAAGUCUGUUCGAGUGUGUGGUAUUUUGGAACUAAGUCUAUUACCUUCAAUACCAAUAUGUUCCAUGAUCAUGAUAUUUUGUGUGUGUUAUGUACUCAGGUGAAUAUAAUGUUUUUGAUGUUACUCUGAGUGUAUAUACACACCAGGCAGGCUGAAAAGCUAAUAUUAAAACUCACAAAAAAUAUUAUGAUCGUAGAACACAUUGGUAUGGAAGGUGCUAGACUUAGUUCCGAAAUACCACACACUCGAACAGACUUGGCCUUAGCUCAGUUGGCAGAGCAUUGGGCUAGUAUCCCAAAGGUUGCAGGUUCGAUUCCCACAGUGGUAAGGCUAGCUUUUCAGCCUGCCUGGUGUGGAUAUACGUUCAGAGUAAAAUCAAAAACAGUAUAUUCACUUGAGUACAUAACAUCGGGACACCCACACAAAAAAUAUCAUGAUCCAUAGAACACAUUGGUAUGGAAGCUACUAGACUUAGUUUCGAAAUACCACACACUCGAACAGACUUGGCCUCGUAGCUCAGUUGGCAGAGCAUUGGACUAGUAUCCCAAAGGUCGCGGGUUCGAUUCCCACCGUGGUCAGGCUAACUUUUAAGCCUGCCCGGUGUGGAUAUAUACAUUCAGAGUAACAUCAAAAACGUUAUAUUCACCUGAGUACAUAACAUCAAAACACACACACAAAAAAAUGCCCACGCAUGUCAUGCAUGUUUUUUUAAUCUUUGCUUCCUUCACUCCUAGCAAAUUGCUAUAUUGUUGAGGUCAGUGAGAUGACCAGUUGAACACCAAUGCAAAGCCAUGUGCCCGCGAUCACUGAUGAACUUUAGACUUCGCUAAUGUUUUCCUUUCCCCAGGUGUAAAUAGCCGAGCAGAAUUAGUACCUUCGCCCUACGCACUUCGCGCGUUGCUCGGGGAUAAUACAAAUAAGACCGUUCCUAAGCUUUGGUUCCAGAGGUCUCAGGAAAUAUUAAACAUUAUCUCAUUUAAAAUGGUAACAUUUCAACGAAAUAUAACAAGUUUUAAUCUUUUUAAGCUGCAAGACGUCGUGGCACACAUUCGGUCACAGUGCAGGUCCGUGAUGUCAGGGGGAAGAGUAUUGGUGGUGGUAUUCCAUUCGAGUACAGGGAUAGUAAGGUUAACCGAUAUAGGAGUGAACUGGUCAAAAAUUCAAGGUCAUUAAGUGGAUCGAAUCCUCAUAAUGAACCACAUCAACGGAAGCAAAAGUCUUUGA